AACUACCUCCGAUCAGGAGACGCCGUCGUACUCCUCCACGUUCAGCCGACGAGCGUCCUCUACGGCGCCGACUGGGGAGCCAUUGACCUGUCGCCGCAGUGGGACCCGGAUAACGAGGAGUCUCAGAGGAAGCUGGAGGACGAUUUCGACAUUUUCACCAACAAGAAGGCGAGCGACGUUUCUCAACCGUUGGUGGAGGCGGAGAUUCCGUUUAAGAUUCACAUCGUCAAGGAUCACGAUAUGAAGGAGAGGCUGUGUUUGGAGGUGGAGAGGUUAGGGCUGAGCACUUUGGUCAUGGGAAGCAGAGGAUUCGGCGCUACGAAGCGGAGCAGCAAAGGGAGAUUGGGGAGCGUCAGCGAUUACUCUGUUCACCACUGUGCUUGUCCGGUGGUGGUUGUUAGGUUUCCGGAUGAAAAGGACGGAGAAGAUGAGACGUCAGGGGAAAAUGGAGGUGAGAGUCUGGUGGAUAGUGAUAAACUUCAUACAGUGCCUGAGGUCGCUGAAGAAGAAGGAGACAAGGAUGAGUACCAUGAUGCUUCAGAUAAGCAGCAGCAGAAGCAAGUUUGA